AUGGGCGCUGGAGGCGACACCGUAGAUAAGGAAAGUGUCUUCGCGAACUACAAGUCCGUGUUCUCGCGCCAGUUUGCCGUUUCCUUGGCCGUGGAGUUCGUGGGUGUGAUGUUCUUCCAGAUUCUGGGAGGCACCUCUGCCAAAGAAUAUGCUCCCUUUGUGAACGGCUUUGCCUUGGCCGUGUGGAUCUAUGUUGCUGCUAACAUCAGUGGUGGUCACCUGAACCCCGCGGUGAGCUUCAGCACUGCCGUUUGUGGCUUCUACCCGGUGAUUCACACGGUGAUCUACAUUGCUCUCCAAAUCAUCGGAGCCAUCGUCGGAGCAUGGGUCUCGGCGGGACUGGUGCCCGGUGCAGGCGACCUCAUCGGCACUGGUGCCAGCGGCCCCGGAUGCUUUGACCGUGGCACGAUCGGCGAGGGCAUCACCGAUGAACAGGUCUUCGGCUGGGAGUGUGUGAUGACUUUCACCCUCAUCUCCUGCGUCUACGCCUGCGGUGUGGCCAAGCCGGGACAUGGCAGCCACACGCCCUUCGCCGUGGGCCUCGCGCUGCUGGCGUGUGCGGGCUCUGGUGGCCAGUACACCGGCGCAGCGCUGAACCCAGCUCGGGUGCUGGGUCCAAUGGCGGUCUUCCAGUGUGGCAAAGAUGUCGUUGGGCUCUACAUCGGAGGCCAAUUCGUGGCGGCUCUGCUUGCGAUGUCUGUCUUUGCCUUCGUGUCCGGCCUGGGCCCUCUGAACCCAUGGCUGGCCAAGAAGGCUCUGAACCUCUCUUGGCCCGAGGCCGUCUACCUUUGGAUCACCGGCUCGCCCCCAAGCCGCCUGCAGAAGACAGGCCGUGAGAACAUCAACGACUUCGCACAUGCUUUUUCCGAGUUCUAUGCAUCCGAGGGAUCCGAGGCACCGCCGCGGUCCAAAAUCUUGGACUUCGAGCGCUGCUUUGGUGUCCGGAAGUCUGCGGCCGUUGUGGACUGGCCUUUCUACGUGUGGGAGCGCAACUUCACAGACCCGACUUUGGAUGAGGGCGUGCGAUGUCGUUUCCGGCCGCUGAAGAUGUGGUUGCUGUUUGAUGCGUCCUCCUACUGGUGGCUGACAGAUAUGAUCGUCGUGACGAUCCUCACCAGGUAUGCUUGGUGUCGUUGCGCUCGCUUGUCAGGUGACCGGAAGCGAUUGCUUGAUGACUUUGACAUACCCAAGAUCUUCGGGGAGGACCUCUAUGACUUGGCGCCAGAGGCGUUUCAUAAGACAGUUCGACGUGCUUUCGGCAUGAUGGGUGGCCAGUGUGGAUGGCUGGCAAGCGAACUUCGGGUGGGAAGACCAUGUGGCUGGAGCAAGUCUGCAGCUGAUGCGAUGUUGCUUGAAGCGCUCUGGGCUGGAACGAUCUUGUUUCUGAGUAUUGGGUGCAGUUACGGGCUUAGCAUGAACGAGGCACCUGUCACAUGGUGCUUCCUCCCCGGGGAGGCGAUGAGCGUGCUAGCAGUCCUCACAGCAUGUGCUGUGUUUUCCUAUGCUACUUCCUGUUCUCCUGAAGGCAAGGCAGGCGUCCGGAAUGACAGCCCGAUGAAUGAAUGCACAGGGGCAGAAUCACAGAGUCAGACAUGCAAAGGUGCAGUCGUCAGUUUGCUGACCAGUUGCAAUGCGCCACUUUCCUCGCUCCCCGACCGAAGUUUCCUUCACGAAGAUCCCAUGGAGGCGAAGAUCCAUCCCAAGCCGAAGUCUCACAAAGGAGCUCCAGUACAGCACACCAGUGCCAAGAGCGAUGUGUGCGAAUCGCUAGAGUCGGUGACGGCUGGAGACUGCUGGGUGUUGGUGGAGUACCCGAGUACUGCCAAAGAAGAACGCCUCAGCACACAGCUUGGCGAUCGCGGCUUGAUUCAAGAAGGUGCAACCAUCAAAGUCGAGGGUGGGGUCGAUGUGAGCUUCGCAGAUGGCUGCAAGGUCGACGAGGAGGAUUGGGUCGAUGUGAGCCUCGAAGAUGGCUGGACACAUGUGAACCCCGACACAGAGGAGAACGGAUGGAUGAUUCUCGGCCUCUAG